GGACUUUUGGCGGUUUGAGGAUAAAUUUUCUUCCUUUUUGCCAAACUCUGCAUUAUGAUGUCUUCAUAAAUAUUGUCUUUUCAUCGUAAUGUGGAGCGAUAAUAGAGCAGUAAUUUUCGUAGAUAACAGAGCAGGAUUUUCUAGUUAAAAUGUUUUCCUGUUGGAAAUUGUUUUGUUAUAAAUGAACUUAGAGGACGAAAUUCGACAAAAUGACAAAACCUUGUUGGAUCUUCAUGAUACAUUUGGAUCAUUAAAGGUCGGAUUCUAAUAUCGUAUGAUCGCAAAGCUGUCUUGCUCAAAUCGCCGAAGGCUUUUCCAGAUGGACUUUUUGCAAAAUGAAGAUUGAAAUGGACGGAAACAAGAUGUAUUCUUUUCGCAAAAGAAAAAGAAGAUAUAUGUUCGGACUCUGUUUAACAUGUGUGUUUAUCGUCACUGCCAUCGCGAAAUUUGCGUUUGAUAAUUAUGAAAGGGAUUUGUUGUUCAAGAGUAAACGUUUCAUGAUGGGAAAUAUUGUUUCUGGUUUUUCCAACAAACGUUUUAAGUACAAUCAUGCUGCUGUGUCAACAGACCACGCUGAAUGUUCGAGAAUCGGACGAAACAUUUUACAUCAUGGUGGGUCGGCAGUGGAUUCUGCUAUUUCAUCCAUGUUGUGCCUUGGCGUCGUUCAUCCUCACUCCACAGGCAUUGGUGGUGGUGGGUUUAUGCUCGUUUAUCAUAGAUACACGCGAUUCUCGGAAAUGAUCGAUUUUCGUGAAAACGCACCGUUGUUGUCCGACAAGGAUAUGUUUCAUGGUGAUUUGACGAAAGCCAUUAUGGGUGGGCUGGCUGUUGGUGUACCCGGAGAGUUGAAAGGAAUGGAAGCAGCUUGGAAGAAAUACGGGAAACUGCCAUGGAAAGCGUUGUUUUUGCCUGCAAUCAAUCUAGCUGAAGGUGGCUUUAAUGUGUCAAAUUCUCUUUCUAUUGCUCUCCAAGUCUGGAAGUUUCAGAUCCUCAAAGAUAAAAGCUUAAAGGAGAUCUUUACUUACAAUGGUCGUUUGUUGAAAGCAGGGGAGAUGCUCAAGAGACCGACGUUCGGUCGAACUUUGAGAAUCAUUGCCAAUGCUGGUAACGCCGACCCAGUCUAUGGUGGUGUGCUUGGUCAACAGAUAGUCAACGACAUAAAUGCUCAUGGCGGAAAAUUCACGAUGGACGAUCUAAAAAACUAUAAAGUUCGCUUCCGGGAUAGUAUAGAACAGUCUGUUGGUCGAGGCAGACUUAUCACAACUCCCCCUCCAACUAGUGGACCAGUUCUUGUGCUUGUGCUUAAUAUAUUGAAAGGUUAUAAUUUUACAAAAGAUGAUCUCCAGAGCAACACAGCAUUGACUUUCCACAGGAUUGUUGAAGCUUUUCAAAUGGCUUACGCUCAACGUUAUAAACUUGCCGAUCCAGAUUAUGAACAGUCCGUAAAGAAAGUCGUUAAGAAAUUGCUUGAUAGCAAAUUUGCAGAUGAAUUGCGUUCUAAAAUUUCCGACAAAAAGACAUUUUCUGCAUUAUAUUACGAUAACAAUGGCUACGACGUUCCUGUAAAGAAAGGCACUACUCAUCUUGUGGUCGUCGCUGAAAACGGUGACACAGUCUCUGUGACCAGCACCGUCAAUGGAUUUUUUGGUGCAAAGUUUCGUUCGCCCAUUCUUGGAAUUAUAUACAACAACGAAAUGGACGAUUUCAGUGCACCUGGCAUAGUCAACGAAUUUGGACUGAAACCUGCGCCCGUUAACUUUAUUCAACCUGGAAAGCGGCCACAGUCUUCCAGUGCACCUGUGAUUAUUGUAGACGAAAAAGGAGACGUGGAUAUUGUGCUGGGGGCCUCAGGCGGGACUGUUAUUACCACUGCAGUAGCUCAGACUUUAGUAAAUUACCUGUGGUUUAAAAAGGAUAUACAUGACGCAAUUUCAAUGCCAAGAUUACAUCAUCAACUUUACCCAGAAUCCCUUUUUGCAGAGACUCGAUUUCCCAUCACUGUGUUACACGAGCUAGAGAAAUUUGGGCAUAAGAUCAGCAUAACAGACAAAAGCCACGGUGUUGUUCAGGGGAUUUCAAGGACAAAGAUGGCGAUGGGUGGGGGUAAAAGGGGACACUUUCGCGACGUGUUCAUGGCCGAGUCAGACUUUAGAAAAGGCGGAAAACCAGCUGGUUAUUGACCAUAAGGAUGGUUUAGGUAAUCAAAAAAUUUGAAAAAGAUAAAUUUAUUUCACCCCACAACCUUUUUACUUCCGCCAUUUGUAUUCAAUUCAAACAUUACUUGCUAAAUUCAUGGCAAUGAUAUGAUUAAAAUAUUAUAUCCAUAAAAAUGAAAUUAUUCAGGUUAGACCUUAAAAACGUAAGCUUUAUAAUUUUAACAAUUUAGCAUAUCAUUUAAAUAAGUUCUUAUAAUAUCUAUGCACCUCUGAACGGUUUAUUUUCUCAAGUCAACUUAAGAAAUGGAGAAAUGUAUAAAUUUCUUAUAUUAUUUUUAUUAAAUUAUCAUCUUGGAUAUCAAUAAACAUUAAAUUUUGUAAAAUGAA